AUGGCUUUGAAGGACGAACCAGGAUGUGAGAAGGAAGAUGAUAUUGACGAUUCCCAGGACUCAGAUACCGGCAGGUUACUCGUAAGACAUGAAUUGGUUGAAAGUGUCACUGAGUUCCGCGAAGAAGAGAGCGAUACAGAUGACGACCGUGAGACGAGCCAACUAUUUGGUAAGAGUAGUGUUAUUAGAUCGAGUUUAUUGGAUCCCAAGAUCGAAAUAGAGGACUUAUCAGUGAAAAAAGUCGAGAACGUCGUCAAGAUUAAGCAGUACGACCUUGGGCACCAUUUUGACCCUAGGAUAGCAACUUCUUUGAAUAAGUUCAGCAAAUUGAGGAAGCUCGCUGGAGACUCACCCAAGGCAUCUAAAACUUCGACCGAUUCCACUUAUGAGGGAGAUAUUCGAACAAGUUUCAAGAGAAGGGGUGUUUCGCCACAUUAUUCCGACCUAAUUACAAAUGAAACGAUCUCGAAGAGGUUCAUCGAUUGGCAUUUCAUAACAGAAAACAGCCAGUUUCAAGAACUAUCGAUCGAAAGUACUCUUUACAAUGAGAAGGAAGAACUAAUGAGGCGAUAUCCUACUUUGGAGAGUCUGCUCAUGUCAUUUGGAGUUUCUGGGGACACACUUGACUCUCUGGCAACCGAGAGAUAUCUCUUAACUAGCAGAAGAGAAAUUGAUACUCUAUGUCAGAUUAGCCCCGUUGAUUCCAUGCUGGAAGCACUCGCCCACUACCUUGGAGUAAGCGAGCGAUUCACAAAGUACUUCAUCUGCUUUGUGCUUGAUAGAAAGAUUUAUGAGUCUGUGUCUUGUGAUUCCCUUUGGUGUACCAAAAUGUUUAAAGAAAUUCCCUGUGACGACUUCUUUCAAGAAUACUUCUCAUUGGUUCAUCCUCAUGACUACUUCCUGCAUCAUAGAGUCAUCAAGCUAAUUUCAAAUAUUCAGACACCGUUGAUACGACGAAUCUUCUUCGAGAAAAGCUGUUUGAGUAGCGAAGAAGCUACGGAAAUCCUCGUAGCCGAGUUUAACAAUUUGUUCGAUAAGCGUCGCCUUCAAGAUUUACUGUAUUUUGUCCUUUUCAUUUAUGGUUCGGAGUUCAUUCCGUUUGGUGAUUCACCUGCGACACGAUAUUUCAAGAACUGUGUCGAUGAUCUCUUCAACGCCAGUGCAAGCGACGUCGAACUGUCCUUGAUUGGAGGAAUCUUAGGUGUCAUUACGAAAAUGCCAUCAUAA